UCGCACGCACUAACGCAGACGCUCACCCGCGCGCGCACGCAACUUCUUAUGGAUGAUAGUCCGGAGUAGCGCGCGGGAUCCUGGCGGAGCGGAUUUAGCAGCACGAAGAGAAAAAGGAGGAAAAAAGGUGUUUGAGGCGGAGUGGCGUGAUGGCGAGCAAAUCUCCUACAAUGAGAGGAUGGCUCUGCUGAUGGUAGGGCAGUGACCAUGGCCCCCUGGCCAGGAGUUCGGGCCGCUCUCCUCCCAUUGGCCCUCCUGGCGUUUCUGUCUCCGCCUCCGCUGGUCCAUUGCCAUGGCGACAGGCUCCGACUCCAGUUCACCCAGCCGCUGUACCAUGCGGCCGUUUACGAGAACUCUGCAGCUCGGACGUACGCGGCCAGCCAGGUACGUAUGGGUGUGCCCCUGGCGCAGCGCUCCUGGGAGGUUCGUUUCCGCAUCACAGCUGGCGACGACGAAGGAUUCUUCAAGGCGGAGGAAUACACACUGGGGGACUUCUGCUUCCUCCGAAUACGGACCAAAGGAGGCAACGCUGCCAUUCUGAACCGAGAGAUCCAGGAUAACUACCAGCUGACUGUAAAAGCCUCCAUUAAAGGUGACACUCUAGAGGCUUGGACUAAAGUUAGUGUCCAGGUUCUGGACAUGAAUGACCUCCGUCCACUUUUCUCCCCAACCACUUAUUCCGUCACUAUUGCGGAAAACACUCCGCUUCGCACCAGCAUUGCCCAGGUGACCGCCACGGAUGCUGACACGGGUUCCAAUGGUGAGUUUUAUUACUUCUUCAAGGACCGUGUGGACCUCUUUGCUGUUCACCCCACUAGCGGCAUCGUUUCCCUCAGCGGGAAACUGGACGUUGAUGUUCAAAGCCGCUAUGAUCUAGAGAUCCAGGCUGUGGAUCGUGGGAUGAAAUUGUAUGGCAAUAAUGGCGUCAGCAGUACCGCUAAACUUUUUGUCCAUGUGGAACGGAUUAACGAGCAUGCACCGGAGAUCCACGUGGCAUCACUAGCACCAAUCUGGGCUGAGAAGACACCAGCCGUUGCAGUGGUGACAGUCAGCGAUGCCGAUGAGGGGAUUAACGGAGAGAUCGAGGCUCUUAGCAUCAUAGCUGGGGAUCCUCUUGAUCUCUUCAGCAUUGAAAGACCUGAUGUAGGGAGUAUGGAAGAAGGAGAUAGUAGUGAGUUUAUUAUUCGAGCUCCUGAGAAUCUGGAAUGGGAGGGUUACCCAUUUGGGCUGAACCUGAGUUUGCAGGCGAGGGAUCGAGGCACGCCACAAAAGUUUUCUACUGUGCAAGUGGUGCCCCUUAAGCUGUCCAGGCCUACGCCAGCAGAAGUCCGGUUCCAGAAGGACGCGUAUGAGGUCAGCCUGACUGAGGUCGCACCUCCAGGCACUGUCUUGGUUGCAGUGAAGCUCCAGCCUGAGCCGGAUGAUGCGGAAUACAUUCUGACACCUUCUGCAGACUCCGCGUUUUUCAGUAUCAACACCAUGACGGGCGUCAUUAGCACGUCACGCUGGCUAACAAAGAUCACGCAGCAGGUCUUCGAGUUGGAGGUCAUGGAAGUCGACAGUGAGCUCAGGGUCAGUGUCCGGGUGUCACUAGAAGAUGCUAAUGAUAACGCACCCGUAUUUGCACAACAGUCUUAUGAGGUUUUUGUCAAUGAAAGUGUUGGCAUAGGGACCACGAUCGUGACAGUCGCUGCUUCAGAUGCUGAUCAUGGAGAGAAUGGGUACAUCACAUACAGCAUGGCAAGUCUGACCCCACUUCCAUUCGGCGUCCACCAGUUCAGCGGUGCCGUCACUACGACACAAGAGCUGGACUUUGAGUCAUCUUCAGAGAGCUUCAGCUUUGUGGUGCGAGCCUCAGACUGGGGCGCUCCCUACAGGCGUGAGAGUGAAGUUAACGUAACUGUGCACCUGGAGAAUGUGAAUGACAACCAGCCGCUGUUUGAAAAAGUGGACUGCGUAGGAGUGGUGUCCCGUGACCUGCCAGUGGGUGAGGUCAUCACUACCAUGUCUGCCAUAGACAUUGAUGAGUUGGAGCUGGUAAAGUAUAAGAUCCUCUCAGGUAAUGACCAUGGCUUCUUUGAUCUAAACCCCGAUUCUGGAGUCAUGACUCUUCGUCGAUCUCUUGCUGUGGCUAACCCUAAAAAUUCCUUCAGUCUCAAAAUCACCGCCACGGAUGGUGAGACCUUCUCAGACCCCAUGUUUGUAAACAUAUCUGUUGUGCAGGGCAAAUCUCCACCGAAAAGCUUCAGCUGCAAGGAGACUCGUGUAGCCCAGCGCCUUGCUGAGAAGCUUCUCCGAAAGGCCAAAGCCAACAGCAAACCCAAAAUCGAGGAAGGCUUCAUUGACUUGUUCUCGGUGAACCGGCAGACGCCUCAGUUUGACAAAGCCUUCCCUAUUGACAUCACAGUCCGUGAGGACCUGGAUGUUGGCACAAGUGUGUUCCAGGUCAAAGCGUACGAUGGCGACACAGGGUUUAAUGGCCAAGUGCUGCAUGCCAUCUCCAGUGGAAACACGGACAGUAGCUUUACAAUUGGCACAUUUAGUGGAGUGAUCAGCAUUUUCCUCCCCUUGGAUAGGGAAAGAACUGACAGAUACCUUCUGAACCUUACACUGUAUGACUUGGGCCAGCCGCAGAGAUCUGCCUGGCGCCUCCUCACCAUCUAUGUGGAGGACGCCAAUGACAACUUCCCACAGUUCCUGCAGGAUGGUGGAUAUCAGGCAAGAAUCCCGGAAAACACCCCUAUUGGCACGGAAGUGAUCCAAGUGGAAGCCACGGACAAAGACCAGGGUUUGAAUGGCGAGAUCCAGUAUUCCCUGCUGACCAGCACUUCUCAGUUUGGCAUCAACAGCUCCAAUGGGAUUGUGUACGUUGCCGGCCAGCUGGACCGUGAGUAUGUGCCCUCAUUUGUCCUCAAGGUGGAAGCCCGGGACAAGGCAGAGCGGACAGCUCAGCGGUUUUCCGUCACCACGCUUAGCAUCUCACUGGAGGACGUCAACGACUGUGCACCAGCAUUCAUACCGAGUGUAGUUAGUGCUCGGGCACUCGAGGACCUGCCUCUGGGCACUGUUAUCGCCUGGCUGGACACGCAGGACCCUGACCUCGGACCUGGAGGUGAGGUCCGCUACUCGCUUGCUAGCGACUACGAUGGCCGUUUUGAAGUGGAUAAGGUUAGCGGAGCCAUUCGGCUAAUAAAGGAGCUGGAUUACGAGACCCAACAGUUCUUCAACCUGACGGUUCGGGCAAAAGACAGGGGACGCCCUGUCUCGUUGCUGUCGGUUAGUUUCGUGGAACUAGAGGUGGUGGAUGUAAACGAAAACCUAUACGCGCCGUAUUUCUACAACUUCGCCUUAAACGGAUCAGUGAAGGAGAGCGCUCGGAUUGGGACGUCCGUGCUGCAGGUGUCGGCCCGGGAUGAUGACACUGGACGGGACGGGGAGGUGCAGUACUCCAUCCGGGACGGCAGCGGACUUGGCAGGUUCACCAUUGACGAGGAGACAGGAGUGAUCUACACCACGGACCUGUUGGAUCGGGAGACGCAGGAUUCCUAUUGGCUGACGGUUUACGCCACAGAUCUGGGGGUGGUGCCUCAGUCAGCAGCGCUGCAGGUUUACAUCCAGGUAGAGGAUGUGAACGAUAACGCCCCGCUGACCUCGGACCCCAUGUACCACGCGUCCGUUCCUGAGAACUCUCCCAAAGAUCUGUCCAUCAUCCAGAUCCAAGCUCAGGAUCCGGACGCCAUGGCAACGGAGCCCCGCCUCUCCUUCCGCAUCGCCAGCGGCAACCCGCAGAACUUCUUCAGCAUCAACCCACGCACGGGACUGAUAACCACGACGGCUCGCAAACUGGAUCGAGAACAACAGGCUGAACACGUACUGGAGGUGACGGUGUCCGACGGAGGCCCCUCCCCCCGACACACCACCGUGUGGGUGGUGAUCCAGGUUCUGGACGUGAACGAUAACAAGCCCGUCUUUCCAGAGAAGCUGUAUCAGGUGCGUCUGCCCGAGCGCGGCCGGAAGCAGCGGGGCGGCCCCAUUUACCGCGUCUUCGCCUACGACGCCGACCAGGGCGCCAACGCUGAGCUCUCCUACAGCAUCGUGGACGGAAACGAGGACGGCAAGUUCUACAUCGACCCCAAAACGGGCGUGGUCUCCUCCCCGAAGAAACAGUUCUCCGCUGGAACCUACGACAUCCUCACCGUGAAGGCGAUGGAUAACGGUCGUCCUCAGCGCUGGGCGACGGCGCGGCUGCAUAUCGAGUGGAUCCGGCGGCCGCCGCCCAGCCCAGUGCCGCUGGUGUUCGACGAGCAGCUGUACAACUUCACCGUCAUGGAAACGGACAAAGUGGCCGAAAUAGUGGGCGUGGUCUCGGCUCAACCACAAAGAGCCACGCCCCUGUGGUUCGACAUCACAGGUCCGCGCCCUUUCCGUGAGAUGUUCUAUGUUCUCCAGACCGCUUGUGGCAGGAACUGUUCUACAGAAGCAGGUGGCGAUGAUGAGAGUGUGUUUGAUGUGGAGAAAGGUGUUGGUACCAUCAUCAUCGCUAAACCUCUGGAUGCCGAGCAGAGAUCCUUCUACAACCUCACACUGGAGGUGACCGAUGGCACCAACGUGGCUUACGCACAGGUCCACAUCACCGUGGUGGACAACAACGAUAACGCCCCAGUGUUCUCCCAGCCCACCUAUGACAUCACCAUGGCAGAAGAUACGCCCCCAGAUACGGAGGUCCUGCAGGUUUUAGCGUCGGACCGUGACGAGCGCCACCGUUUGACCUUCAGCAUUCUGGGCAGCGUGGACCCCAGCAGCAUGCGCCUGUUCCGCAUCGACCCCAACACCGGGACCAUCUACACCGCGCGCCGCCUCGACCACGAGAGCCGCAACCAGCACGUCCUCUCCGUCAUGGUGAAAGAUCAGGAGUUCCCGUACAGGCGGAGUCUGGCCCGUGUGCUGAUUGGUGUAGAGGAUGUGAAUGACCACGCCCCCCAGUUCACCAUGCCGAUGUAUGACGGACAGGUGUACGAGUCUGCGGCUCUGGGCUCUGCCGCCCUCACAGUGACGGCGCUGGACAAAGACAAAGGCCAGAAUGCUCAGAUCAGCUACAGCAUAGACUCGGGAAACACUGGGAGCACAUUUCGGAUUGAUCCUGUUUUGGGAAUAAUCUCUGUGGCCCGAGAAUUGGAUUUGUCCACUAUUGGUCAUUACGUAUUAACAGUCAAAGCCAUGGAUAACGGCUCUCCAGCUUUGUCUGCCACUGCCGCAGUCCGCAUUGCAGUAACCCUCUCAGACAACGCACCCCCCAAAUUCCCUCAAAGCGAAUACCAGGCUGAGGUUGCGGAAGGUGUGGCCAUUGGGACCUCUGUAACCACAGUGAAUGCCCUCAGCCUGUCCACACUGACCUAUGACAUUCGCCAUGGGAACGGUGGCCGGACUUUCCGCAUCAACCAAUACAGUGGUGUGAUCACAACCCAGAAGGCACUGGACUUUGAGACAGUUUCCUCAUAUGUUCUGACCGUCACGGCUAGCAACAUGGCUGGACAGUCCUCGAAUGCCACAGUAACUGUUGCUGUGCUUGACCAGAAUGACAAUGCUCCAGUUUUCCAGCAGGUGCGGUAUCAGGGCAGCAUCAGCGAGGGUGCAGGGUUGAACAGUGUGGUUCUGAGUGAAACGGGUGAACCUCUGGUCAUUCGAGCAACAGAUGCUGACCGAAACCACAAUGCCCUGCUGGUGUACCAGAUCCAGGAAGAAACUGCCAGGCGCUUCUUUGCUGUAGAUGCAGGAACUGGCUCCAUCAGGACUAUCGCUCAACUGGACCACGAAACCACACCAACGUUCCGCUUCCAUGUUAGUGUGAGGGACAGUGGGCGGCCCCAGCUGUCAGCCGAGCGUCCGGCAGAGGUUACUGUCCAGGUUCGAGACAUUAAUGACUGCCCUCCUCAGUUUUCCCAGGAUUCCUAUGAGGCUGUUCUCCUGCUGCCCACCUACGAGGGGGUGGAGGCCCUGCGAGUUUCUGCUUAUGAUCCUGACGGUGAUGGCCAAUCAGAGCUGGCUUACUCCCUGACCGAUGGCAGUUUGGAGCACUUUGCUAUGGAAGCAGACACUGGACUACUAACAGUCAGAAACAGCACUUUCAGUAAAGACCGGUUCCGCUUUAACAUUCGUGUGUCAGAUGGUCGUUUCUCUAGCACAGCUCUGGUGACCGUUCUGGUCCGUGAGGCACUGGACAGUGGACUAGCCUUCACACACGGUGUCUACAAUGCCAACAUUCAGGAGAACAACGGCAAUGUGACUACAGUUGCUGUGGUUACAGCACUCGGUAACAGAUUGAACGAGCCACUACGCUACAGCCUGCUGAAUGCUGGUGGGAAGUUCAGAAUCCGUCCCACGUCUGGCGCCAUAGAGACAGUAGGAGUCCCAUUGGACCGAGAAGAAAAGGAGGAGUAUGGGCUUCUGGUUCAGGCAGGACGAGAAGAGGACAGGUUAAGAGUUGCCAGGGCACUGGUCCGUGUACGGGUUACAGAUGUCAACGAUAAUGCCCCGGUGUUUGUGGGACUUCCAUAUUAUGCAGCUGUGCAAGUGGAGGCAGAACCUGGAGCUUCCAUAUUCCGAGUCACAGCAGUGGACAGAGACAAAGGACUUAACGGAGAAGUCAGCUACUUCUUGCAGGAUGAGUUGGGACACUUUGAGAUGGAUCGCAUAAGUGGGGAACUAAGGUUACGCCGAGCUUUUGAAGCUGACUUGUCCAGUGUGGAAUACCAGGUUCUAGUGUUUGCACGUGAUGGUGGCACCCCACCUCUCUCGUCUUCCGUCACCUUUCCUGUUACUGUAGUAAACCGAGCCAUGCCUGUAUUCGACCGGCCAUUCUAUUCUGUAAAAGUGAGUGAGGAUGUUCCAGUGCUCACACCAAUUCUGGGAAUUAACGCUAGCAGUCCAGAAGGACAGAGUGUCCUUUACACCAUCACGCAUGGCGACCCUGGUACUCUUUUCUCCAUCGGCUUUGACACAGGAGUCAUUAGCGUUAUAGCGCCAUUGGACUAUGAGACCAGUCCUGCCCACAGACUGAUUGUCAGGGCAACAGACUGCCUCACAGGUGCACGUGCAGAAGUAGACGUUGAAGUGAUGGUUUUAGAUGUAAAUGACAAUGCCCCGGUUUUUGAACAACCAGUAUAUAAUGCAGUGAUCUCUGAAGCAGCCAUGAUAGGCACUCCUGCCCUGCAGGUGCAAGCGUUGGACAGCGACUCAGAGAAGAAUGCAGCAGUGCGAUACCAGAUCAUCCCUGACCGUAGCAACAGCACAGACCACUUUCACAUCGACAGCAGCAGUGGCCUAAUACUGACUGCUCGAUCUCUCGACCACGAGACUGUUGAACGUUACAUCUUUGUUGUCAAAGCAACUGACAAUGGUUUCCCGCCCUUGAGCAGUGAGGUGCGAGUGAUAGUCCAGGUGAUGGACACGAAUGACAAUGCUCCGGUCUUCAACCAGCUACUGUAUGAGGCCUCGGUCAACGAGCUUGCACCCAGAGGUCACUUUGUUACAUGUGUCCAGGCAUCCGAUGCAGAUUGGUCUGACACAGAUCGGCUUCGCUAUGGUCUGGUAUCAGGAAACGAGCGGAUGCUGUUUGAGCUAGAUGCUGCUUCUGGGGUCCUUACCCUGAGUGGCCAGCGACGAACGCAGCGCAUGCCGUCCACUUUCAGCCUGAAUGUUAGUGUUUCAGAUGGUGUCUUCACCAGCACGGCUCAAGUUCAUGUGCGUGUGGAGCGAGCUAAUCUACAUUCUCCACAAUUCACUCUGAGCAUGUAUGAAGCAGAGGUACGUGAAAACAUGCCAGCAGGAUCAAAGGUAAUCAUGAUCAGGGCGCAGGAUGCUGAUCCAGGGCCUUUUGGGGAGGUUCACUAUAUUCUGCUCUCAGACACAGCUCGGGACUUGUUUAGCAUAGACAGCAAUGGUCAGAUCAUGACUCUGGAAAAGUUGGACCGUGAGGAGAGAAGUGAAGUCAUGUUGUCUGUGGCUGCAGUGGAUGCAGGAGGUAGGGCUGGCUAUUGCAGUGUCCGGGUCAGCCUGCUAGAUGAUAAUGAUAAUGCUCCUCUGUUUGAUGCUUCAGAGUACCGUGCUAGUGUCCGAGCAGAGGUAGCAUCUGGAUCUGUAGUGAUCCAGGUUCAAGCAUGGGAUGCUGACCAGGGGAUCAAUGGACAGAUCAGCUACAGCCUGUACAGUGAAGCCAGUCUGCAGGUAACAGAACUGCUGGACAUUGAUCCUGACAGUGGCUGGAUAGUCACCAAGGGUAACUUCAGCCCCUUGCGAGGGUCAGUGCUGUCCUUUUUUGUGAAGGCCUCGGAUGGCGGCACACCUGUUCGGCACACUCUUGCAUCCGUGUAUGUCCAUGUACUCUCAGCUGAUGCCCACUUGCCCAUCUUUAGCCAGCCACACUUCUCCUUCACUGUACUGGAGGACACUCCCAUAGGUUCCAUGCUUGGGGCAGUCCAUCUUCAGACACCUAUUGGUCAGUCCUCACUACCGGUCAGUUUCUCAGCUGUGAUUGGUCAUACUGCAGUUGCCAAUAGUGAUGGAAUGUUUGUGGUGGACAGGGAGAGUGGGAUGAUAAAGUUGGACAAACCACUAGACCGAGAGCGAACUCCAGUUUUCCAUUUUAAGGUGGCUGCCACGCUCCAGCAAGGACUUGUAGAUGCAGUCUCUGUUGUAGAUGUGGAGGUGAAAGUUCUGGAUGUUAACGAUAACAAACCAGCAUUUGAAUCGGACGUCUAUGAGGCAUCGGUCAGUGAGGGACUUCCUGCUGGAACCAGGGUCCUCCAAGUGCGAGCAAUGGACCCUGACUGGGCAGCCAAUGGUCAAGUGACAUACAGCCUUGCUCCUCCUGGGCUGCUUGGCUCAGGCAGUGAGGACUUGGAGGAGGGGAGUUUUUUCACGAUUGACAGCAGUUCCGGUUGGAUAUCGACACUGAAGGGGCUGGAUCACGAACACAGCCCUGCCCACAGUCUCACUGUCUGGGCGUAUGACCUCGGCGACCCCGCCAGCCUGUCGGCCUCAACAACAGUGACCAUAGCCGUGGGCGACUCCAAUGAUAACAUGCCAGAGUUUCUGCAGGCCCGUUACUAUGGCAGCGUCCGCGAAAGCGACGCCCCGGGGGAAGUGGUGGCUGUGCUGAACACACGGGAUGACGACAGCUCUCCCGGCAACCGUCAGGUCACCUACCACAUCACAGGGGGGAAUCGUGGCGGGGUGUUUGCGCUGGGUUUGGUCCAGAGUGAAUGGAAGCUGUACGUUAAACGGCCGUUAGACAGAGAGGAUCAAGAGCGUUACCUCAUCAACGUCACGGCAACCGACGGACUCCACGUAGCCACGGCAACCGUGGAGGUGCUGGUGAUGGACAUCAAUGACAACAGCCCUGUCUGUGACCCGGCGGUCCACACAGCCUCUGUCUCUGAGGACGUUCCGGUUGGGAAGCUGAUCCUGAGGGUUAAAGCGACAGAUGCAGAUGCUGGUUCUAAUGCACAGAUUCAGUACACGCUCUCAGGACAGGGAGCCGAGGACUUCAUCAUUCACCCGUACACAGGAGAGUUGAAGACAGCGGUGGAGCUGGAUCGAGAGAAGGUGGCGCUGUACUCGCUGGUUGCCCGAGCCACAGACGGUGGUGGUCUCUGGUGUGAUGCUGCCGUUGCCGUGACGCUGCUGGACGUGAACGAUAACCCGCCUCAGUUCAGCAUGAGCCACUAUACGGCCAGCGUUUAUGAAAACACGGCCACUAAAGCUCUGCUCACACGCCUGCAGGCCAUCGACCCCGACCUCGGAGAGAGCCGUAAGGUCGCCUACUCCCUGAUGGACUCUGCCGAUGGGUUCUUCUCCAUCGAUAAGUCCUCGGGCGUGGUGGUUCUGGAACGUCCGCUGGACCGCGAGAUCCAGUCCUUGUACGUCAUCACGGUCCGAGCGUCUGACCAGGGCGUCCCUCUGCGGCUCUCGUCGCUCACCAACCUCACCAUCACGGUCCUGGACAUCAACGACAACCCUCCCGUCUUCGAGAGGCGCGACUACCUGGCCACGCUGCCCGAGGACAUCGCUGUGGCAACAGAGGUGCUGCGCGUGUACGCGGCCAGCAAAGACAUCGGCACCAACGCCGACAUCUACUACAGCAUCAGAUCCGGAAACCAACAGGGCCACUUCACCAUCGACGUCCACACGGGAGCGAUCUCCGUGUCCCGUCCUCUGGACUUCGAGUCCUGUAAAGAUUACUUCCUGACGGUCGAAGCUCGAGAUGGUGGGACUCCGCCCCUCAGUGCGGUUACCAUGGUGAACAUCAACCUGACGGAUGUCAACGACAACGCGCCGAUGUUCAGCCGCGACGUUUACAGCGCGGCCAUCAGUGAGGACGCUAACAUCGGAGACACUGUUGUCAAGGUAACAGCUGAAGACGUGGACAGCCAGGUGAACGGCGUCAUCCUGUACUCCAUCGUCAACGGCGACCGCGAGAACCAGUUCUUCAUCGAGCCAGUCACGGGUCAGAUCAAAGUGAACAAGCAGCUGGACCGAGAAACGAUUGCGGGUUAUGCAUUGGUGGUCCGAGCUCUGGACAGUGGGACCCCCGCCAUGUCCUCCACAGUGGUGGUAAACAUCGAUCUUGCCGACAUCAACGACAACCCGCCCACCUUCACCCCGGCCAAUCACACGGCAGUAAUACAGGAGAAUAAGCCAAUUGGGACGAGCAUCCUGCAGCUGUCAGUCAUCGACAACGACGCCACCCACAACGGCCCGCCCUUUCACUUCCGCAUCCUGUCGGGAAACGAGGGGGGGUGGUUUAAGAUGGACAGGGAGGGGCUUUUAACAUCCAAUCAGAUGUUCCGCAGGUCAGAGGGCACUGAGUACACCAUUCAGGUGGAGGCGCGAGACUCCGGCCGGCCCCCCCUGUCCUCCACAGCUGUGGUGAGCGUGCGUGUGAUAGAGGAGAGCGUCCACAGGCCCGUGGUGUCUCCGCUACACGUCCACAUCAUCACCAUGGAGGACGAGUUCCCGGGCGGCGUGAUCGGCCAGAUCCACGCGACUGACCAGGACACCUUCGACAUCCUGACCUACGGACACACGCACCAGCAGAACAGCCUCUUUAAGGUUAGCCCCCGUGACGGCCGGAUAAUCGCUCUGAGCGGUCUGGACGCCGGCCGUUACUCUCUGAACGCGACGGUGUCCGACGGUCGUUUCUUGGUCAGCGUCCCGGUCAGUGUGGAGGUCUCCGAGGCGUCGCCGGCGAUGCUGCGUGAGGCCGUCACCGUCCGCUUCGACCGCGUCGACCCGCACGACUUCGUCCACCGACACCUGCCCGCCGUCCGCCGCGCCAUCGCUGUCGCCAUGGCGACGCCCCCAUCUCGCCCCGAGGCCCUGCGGGUGCUCAGCGUCCAGCCUGUGGAGGCCACGGGUCAGCUGGACCUGUUGGUCGCCGUGGAGACGCCCGACGGAGGCGGGUACUAUAAGGCGGCGUUUGUGAGUCAGAAGCUGAGCUCUGCGCGCAGGCAGCUGGACUCUGUACUGCGCGUGUCGGCGGUGCUGGAUAAGAACUGCUCGGGGCUGGACUGCAGAGAGGCUCAGUGUGAGCAGAGCAUCACCCUCGACUCCCACUCACUGCUCACGUACAGCUCCACCAAGACCAGCUUCGUCUCCCCGCGCUUCCACAGGAGCACUCGCUGUGUGUGCAGCGACGGUAGUUGUUCUGCUGUGUCUGAGGUGUGUGAGGACAUGGCGUGUCCAGGUGAUAUGCAGUGUGUGAAGACGGACAGUAACAGAGGACCGUACGCCUGUCAGUGUCCGCCGGGGAAACUCGGAGAGUGUGCAGGCCACACGUCUCUGAGUUUCUCCGGGAACAGCUACAUAAAGUACCGUAUAAUCGACGGAGGGAGGAGAGAAGAGAUGAAGCUGCAGCUCCGGAUCAGAACGCUGCAGAGUAAAGGCAUCAUCAUGUACACUCGGCCGGAGCCGUGCACCGUGCUUAAGAUUGAAGAUGGCCGUCUCUGGUUCCAGCUAGACUGUGAUAAAGGUGGUCCCGGAGUGCUGGGCAUCUCCAGCUGGCCCAUAAAUGACGGGAACUGGCACCAAGUGACCCUGGAGCUGGGUGGGAACUUCAGCAGCCUGUCUCUGGAUGACGGCUCGGUGCUGCGGCGCCAGGCUCCGCCCAGGUUCCGUCCACCGGGUUCCGAUUGGUCACUGUAUUUCGGGGCUCAGGUACUGCCGCCAGACACCCGCGGGCUGACCGAGCGGAAGGCCCCACGGGUCAGUAACGGGUUCCAGGGCUGCCUGGACUCCAUCAUUCUGAACGAUAAUGAGCUCCCGCUGCAGAACAAGCGCAGCCGCUAUGCCGAGGUGGUGGGGCUGUCCGAGCUCAAACUGGGGUGCGUCCUGUACCCGGAUGCCUGCGCCAACCAGCCCUGCCUUAACGGCGCCACCUGUGUCAGCCUGCCCUCUGGAGGUUUCUCCUGUAGCUGCAGUGCACUGCACACCGGGGGGCGCUGUGAGACCGAGAUCAGCGUGUGUGUGCCGAACCCCUGCCAGAACGGCGGCGUGUGUAAACCCAUCGGGAACGCCUUCAUCUGCAGCUGCAAGAGGGGAUACACUGGAAUCACGUGUGACUCUGAUGUGAACGAGUGCGAGAGCGAGCAGUGUGAGAAUGGCGGCGUGUGCGUAAACACCUUCGGCUCGUUCUACUGUAACUGCACGGUGGGCUUCGUCGGGCGGUCCUGCUCGGUGCGGCCGGUGCUGGUGCCAGACAUGCAGGCGGGACACGCGUACGUGGGGAAGGAGGAGCUGAUCGGAAUCGCAGUCGUGCUCUUCCUCAUCCUCACGCUCAUCCUUCUCUUCGUCGCCUUCCGCAAGAAGGUGUUCCAGAAGAGCUACUCCAGGAACAACCUGUCUCUGGUCCAGGACCCCGCCACAGCCGCUUUGCUGCACAAAGCCAACGGCGGUCACUUCCCGCCCUUGCAGUCCGCCAUGGGAGACCCCAUUAACCUGUACACAGAAGGUGGCGGAGUCAUAGUGGGACCGCCCCAGGUCCCGGUUCGCCCAAUGGCGUACACGCCCUGUUUCCCUGGCGACGGGAGCCUGGAGAAGAGGGGCGGGACCAGGAGGGGGGCGGAGUUGACAGAGAUGAGUACAUUUCACCCGGCGACGGCAACCAUGACGACGGAGUCUCCGCGGAUACUGGGCGGGGCCACGCGGAGGGGCGUGGUUGUGUGCAGCGUGGCGCCGAACCUGCCGCCGUCGUCACCCUGCAGAUCGGAGUGCGACUCUCUGCGGAAGAGCCCCUGGGAGGAGGAGGGUAAAGUGGACGUGCUGGAAGAGGUCACUUGUUUCUCGGGUAGCAAUAAAGGCAGCAACUCUGAGGUCCAGUCACUGAGCUCCUUUCAGUCUGACUCCUGCGACGACAACGCUUCCAUAGUGACGGUCAUUCGAUUGGUCAAUGACGCAGUCGACACAAUCGAAAAUGAAGUUUCCGUUAUGGACCAAGGUCAGACCUACAGCCGAGCGUACCACUGGGACACUUCUGAUUGGCUGCCCAGCACCCGGCUGCCGGACAUCGAGGAGGUGCCCACCUAUGAGGGCGGAGAAGUGGGUGUGGCCUUGGAGUCGGACUAUUACCUGGGCGGCUUCGACAUCGACAGCGAUUACCCGCCCCCUCAGGAGGCGGAGUUUAUGUCCCAGGAACAGUUGGCGCCGCCCCUUCCCGCCGAAGACUACGAUGAUGCAUCUGCCAGCCGACCCGUGUCCAGGGAGGCCACGCUCAGGCCUCGCCCACACUUCCACCCCAGCCAGUACCUGCCUCCACAUCAGCUGCCUCUGGGGCCUGGAGGGGAGGCGGAGUUUAGCACUUUUGUGGGCGGAGUCGAGCGGCUGUCAAUCAAUACGUCCUCUUCGGCCUCGGACGACUCCGCCCACUGCGUUUUCACGCAUUCGGAGACGGGGGGGAGUCUGGACAGUCUGGACGAUGCACAGAUGCACCCACACACGCAACAGACUGAGGUGUGAUUUGCAGCGAACUGGACACUCGCUGACCACAGCAAACUCUCUGAGCUGCAAAAGAUGGGCGUACGAGUCCGGAACAGCCUGUAAAGACAGAAUGACAAACAAAACAAGCACACAAACUGACCAAUGGAGUUACCGCAAGUCUCUCAUAGACAGGGCAGACAGAAACCUGCAAAGUUUAUCCUAUUUUUGUUUGUUUGUUUGUUUUUUGGGUAAACUUUGCUCACUGACCACUGAACGCUGCUGCCCAGAGUGUGUGUACCUGUGGUGUGUGUGUGUUCAUGUUCAGAAGUUAACUUAAACAGCACAAACGUCAUCGUCCUCAUACUUGGUCAGUUCAAAAAUUCCUUAAGGGAAGCUAAUUUCUGAAGCUCGUACCAGACAUUAGCGCAUAUUUGCAUCUAUCAGUUUCAGUAAAGAGUUCUACCACCACUGUUUUCCAUUCCUUACAACUAACCCAAACCUGGCUCGUACUCACAGUCAGUUAUCUAGAACUUCCAGAAGGACUAGAGUGAUUUUUACAUGCAUCAUAAAUCAGAAUAUGAUUGGUUGAUUCCUAGUUAUGUAGGUAGCUAAUCUAACUUGUAAGGCCUUCUGUUCAGCUCCUAAAGCCCUAACCAAUGAAAAGAGCUCACUUGACAGUAUCUAUCAGAGAAAACCAUCCUGAUUGGAUACAUUUUCCUUCAGGCAAACCACGAUUUUAAUCCUUUUGUUUACAACCAAAGUUAAAAAUAUGAAAUGCAAGUAUUACCACAAGACAGGCAUGAUGGUUCUAUUAAUAAUAAGUGACCUAAACGUUCUAGACACGUAUUUUCCCAGAAUUUAUUGGGCCUCCGCAGGCUUAGAAGACGUCGUAAGUUCCCUGUUGCAUGUAAUGUCUCCUCUUUGACUUAAGAACACCAGGAACAACUGAAAGUUUGGAAUCUGCACGUUCCACACGACUUCCCGGCUCUGUUCACGGAGCUACGAGGCAGAAAUAAUUCAUAUAUACGAUUACAGAUGAUUCUGUUAUUGCUGACGGUAACGGAGGCAUCCGAGGGUUAAACUGAGCUUCUUAUUGUCAGUGUUUUAUUGCU